GCCAUAAAUUAUGUCUUUCACUUCUUCGAUCUGAAAAAGUAAAUUAAAAAUUGCAGUGAACGGUGCAACGGUGUUGGACCAUGGCAGGAAUUACAAUACGGAUUAUCGUCAUCUUCGCCAUCGGUUCCGUGAGUUAUGGUCAAUUCUGGCGACCUAUAAAAGGCAAGAAUAAUCAACAAGGGAAGCCGGUGACACCGCGUCCGCCACGCACAACAACCGGCUUCCAGCGCUUUCCCUGUGGCCGGCCGGAUCCCACGCCGGAUUCCAUCUGGACGACAGAUUCGCGGAUUGUCGGCGGCGUGGAGGCGCCCGAUGGCGGAUGGCCGUUUAUUGUGGCGCUAAUACGUAAUCGGUCGGACCAAGGCUAUCAGGCGUAUCAGUUUUGCAGCGGCAGUAUUAUCGCAACACGAUGGAUUCUGACUGCCGGUCACUGCGUAGCCGCCCUCACGGAACGCCAGAUCGUCGAUGAUGUGCUGGUCGUAGCCGGCGUGAACAAUCUGCAGGACGUUGUAGCCGAUCCGGAAUUGGCGCUGCGCAUCGCUCGGGUGUUUAAACACGAGGAGUACGAUGAUCCCCAGAAUUCCUACAACAACGACAUUGCGAUGCUGCAGCUGGCCAAGCCCUUGAAGUUCGACCAGUACACGCAGCCCAUCUGUCUGCCGGCAACGCACCCGGACAAUCGAACCAGAUGGGGAAAUGUCGAUAAAGCACGCGGUAACAAGCGCGUGGUCUUUGCGGCGGGAUGGGGCGUUUUAAAGGAGCAUCAGGAUAGCGAUGACCCUAGCCGUAUGGGCGCUGGCACCGAUCAGCUGCAGCAAGUGGCGAUUGACCUUUACGACAACAGCGAGUGCAAACGACGCCUCAGCAAUUACGUCUUCACCGAGAAAAUGAUUUGCUGUGGUAUCCCGGAAGGCGGAAAAGACGCAUGCCAGGGCGAUAGUGGAGGCCCACUGGUGGCGAAGGACUUGGACGGACGGUUCGAACAGAUCGGCAUUGUUUCGUGGGGAUCGGGAUGUGCGCGAGCCAACAGCCCCGGAAUAUAUACCAAUGUUUUCGCAUUUAAAGACUGGAUUGGCACGACAAUUAUAACUAAUUAGGAGUUCGACCAGGCCAUUCACACGCUUUAUUCCCUAAAAAUUUUAUACAAAUUUGAAAAAUAAGCGCGACGUUUCGUAUGUUAGAGCAAGGCCAGGGACAGCGGUAUUAAAAAAAUACAAUUUUGUAAGGAUUUGCCGCUGAUUUACCGCUGUACCAAAUGAAAAAAUACAAAUGUUUAACGCGACAGGAUUGUUUUGGUGCCGGUAGUGCAAUA